CUUCUUCCCUAUCUUUUUUCUCCUUGCUGGCCUCGAGGGGCUUGUAUAAAAGGCAUCGGGAGAGCAUGAGACACCAUGACCGCAGACUGGAGGCAGCAAUUCGCCCUCACACCGAGGCCUCCAGGACCGACUCCAGCUUAGUCUCCACCAUGGGCCUCAGUCCUACCUCCUCCUGCUCCAGCACCAGCCGGCUUCCCGUCCUACAGGGCUUGCUACUGCUGUCGCUGUUCCUGAGCACGCUGGUUCCCUCUGGGUUAACUAAAAGUGCAGACGUGGAGCCGUUCAUUGAACUUCGCUGCCUGUGUAUGAAAACCGUCUCUGGCAUUCACCCAAGUAACAUCCAGAAUUUGGAGGUGCUCAGGGCAGGACCCCACUGUGCCAACGUCGAAGUGAUAGCCACGCUGAAGAACGGGAACAAAGUCUGCCUGGACCCAGAAGCUCCCAAAAUCAAGAAAAUAGUCCAGAAAAUGUUGGAAAGUAGUGGGUCAAUGGCUUAAUCUGUUCGCUUUCUGUCAAAUCUUUCUAUCUCCCAAGAAGAGUAGGAGUUUGAAGGUUUGACUUUCUGGAGUUCUUAUUUAUCCAAAAUACCUAUUCAUAUUGUAUUAAACUUUGGAUAUGUGUUCAAUUCUGCCUCGAAAAGUCGCAUGACAUUCUGAGAAGGCUGGUUCAUAGAUGACAGAAAGAAGAUAACAGUAAGCAAACUUACUGCCAAAAUAUAAUAUAUGGUUUGUUCCCUAACUCUUGGCUAAAUGUGGCACUAUGCUUUGCAUUCCUUUAUUUAAAAUUUUCUUUCCAAAUACUCACAUGUGUGUUAACCUCUCUUGCUCUACUUGACUGUGAGACUAGCUAUACUCAUGAUGAUUAAUAGAUUCCAUAAUGGCCAUUGUUAUUAGGAAUCACACA